UAUACAAACGCUACCCAUCACUAAAAGCAUUAUAGAAAGUCUUCCUUUUUCUAUGCUCAUGAAGCAUUAUAAGUUUAAGAGUUACACCAUGCGUUAGAGAGAGAGAGAGACCCACUAGAUUUUAAGAGAGAGACAGACUACUAGAUUGUGAGAGAGAGAGAUGGAUUUGGGAUGGCAGAAGGUUAAGAUGGUGAGCUUGGUGGUGGUGAGCUUGUUGCUUGUUCUGAACAACGCGGCCCUGUGCAUGGGUGCCAACAAUGGACGCGAGAGCCCCCGGUGCCAAAGGCAAGUGAGCGGUUUGGUGAACAGUUGCAAAGGUGUGCUGAGCAUGAAGGCCACCUCUCCCACUUGUUGUGAUUGGAUAAGGUCUGUGGACUUGGCGACCUGCAUUUGCCCUAAGGUCACCCCCCAAAUCGCUUCCAUCGUUCAAGUGAAGCAGGUGGUGAGGGUGCUCAAGGGCUGUGGAAGAAGGACGCCUCGCAAUUUCCGUUGCGGAAGUAUCGUGAUUCCCUAAUCAACUAACAUUCACAGAUGCAUCACUCAGUGUGCCAUGAAUGCAGAUCCAGUGAUUGCUUAGCCGUUGAAGAUGCAACACUGCUUCUCAAGUUUUAUUCCACCAAAAAAAAAACAAAAAAACAAAAAAAAAAAGACCAGAAAUUAAGUUUGUGUCAUAGGCUUUCAAUAAGUGUUGUUGCUUGGGACUUGGGUGCUCGUUUCUAAAAGCUAUGUGACUUCAGUUAUUUCAUAUGUUGUAUUGAAAGUGUCUUCUUAUUUAGCAGAGAGUCAAUGAGGAAGCUGCUAAAUGUUACCUGACUACAAUGUAUUUCCGGCUUCCACGUGUUCAAUGAAAGUGUCUUCUUAUUUCA